GCAGUUGUCGGUUGGUCCACGGACGAAGCUGGUUGCCUGGGUGAUAGCGAAUCGCGAAUAACGCUCAGCACCCGAGGGCCGGCGCACUGUUCUUGGGUUUGACUCCUAGGGUGACAACCCAAGACUUGCAGAUCCGCUGAGGGUCUGGAAUACUGAGGAGGAAGACACCUUUUGCUUUAAGGGAGCGUGUGUGUGACCUUGUCCAGACGCGUCCCUGUCACGGAGAGAUGCCAAGGCGCAGAAGCCUGGUCACCUGAGUCCUCCUCCAACCCGGGUCUAGCUCCAGGGGCUCGGGUCGCCUUCGGCACCGUCCCGAAGCCGUUCGGGCAGGGUCGGAGGGUAGAGCCCGAGGACGCGGCCUCACAGCGGGCGUGGCGCACGCGUACCGACGGGAUGCCGAGCCGUUAUCCCGGGGCCGCCGAGCUGCCCGCGUUGGCCAGGACUGAAGACGGCGACGGGUCAGCUGGACGCUUUUAUCUCCAGAAUUCUAAAGGCACUGGUGAGCAGCAUAAAGCAGAUAGAAUCAAAGAGGGGCACAGAGUGUACUCACAUAUUGCCAAGCUGCAGGAGUUAUGGAAAACCACUCAAAUCCAAACAAUUCAUAUCCCUAAAUCAGUGACAGAUUCAUCUUUACUAAAGCAUCCAGAACUCACCUCAGGCCAGAAGCGCUACCUGUGCAGCAUUGCUAAGAUCUGUAACUCCAGCUAUCUGAGGACCUUAAUGAAGCGGCAGUACAUGCAUAUGGUUCGUCAUGGUUCCCAAAAGCCAGGUGUCCUCACGCAUCACAGGAGCCAUACCAGCUCCCGCUACUCACAGAAACAGCAUCCCCCCUGCACUCCGUGGCGACACCACCUGGAGAGAGAGGACUCUUGGAACAUUGCAGCUGCAGCACCUGAAAUGAUCAUCCAUUCCCUCUGGAGGCCACUGAGACACAAAGAAGGGGUAAAAAUUGGAUAUGCAUUGAACACAAGAUGCAAGUCACUGAGGAGUUUUAGAAGACCAAGCAGACUGCUCUUGCUACCAGUUUCUUCAGAUGGUUCUCAGCCAUGCACGAGUGAAGGAACAAAGGAAGAAGAUCUACUGAAUGAAUGCAUGCAGACCAUGUCUAUUCAAGAACCGGACACCCCGUCUUAGCCCAAGUCUCCUUACCAAGGUCAGCCAUCAGCCAACAUCCAGAUGCUGAGCCAGAGGUGGACAGGGAAGAGUUGUGAGCCAUGUCUGGAUAGUGCUAGUCACCAGUAUGUCAUUUGAGUUGUUGAGAAAUUGACAACAGCCUUCUUCAUCCUAUAUGCUGUGUACCAAUGAUAUCUGUGUAAUGUAUGCUUGUUUCUAGCUAGGAACAAUUAAAAUUUUACUUGCCACAUACACUAAA